UAAUGUACAAGUCCAACAUUUUGAACUUCAUAUAAGAGUUCUUCCAUGCUUGCCAGAUAAAAAGAAACUCGUUCCAAACUGAGUUCAUACUGUAAUGACAGAUUUUGAUCAAACACCAUGAACCAGAAAGAGGUCUGUUGAAAGAUCCAUAGAUAACAAGAUUGGAAAGCAUCUUUGGAACUGCAGACUUUCGUUGAAAACGAGAAGUGACUAGUACAACCGUUUCAUCCAUUAAAGCAAAGCCCCGGGAAGCAAAAAACCUGAUACAUGAUCACCUGGCUCUCACAUGUCAGAAAGAGCCAUUUCUAUACAGAAUCUUAGCAGUUUAUAGCGGACCAGAAGCCAUGACUUACUGCCAAGUGUCACACCUACAAUGGCGAGUACAAACAUUUCAUCUCCUUAAAGAAGUAGCUCAGAACUUCCUUCACUUUACGUUAAUCCAAAAGCCAAAGCAGAAGCUGUGGGCCCCGGGCCCACCACAAAACUAAGCUAACCACAAGAUAACGUAAGAACUUUUUGCAGCCACUAACUUGUUGACAUGUGUCUAUCCCUGGAUUCUCUCCUCUCCAUUUGGGUUUUUCCAUACAGUUAGACCUCCCUUCCUCACUUAUUCUCACACUCCAAGUUAGUUUAGUUUUGAGACCUUGUGUGAGAGAUGUUGAAAGAAGAGACAAGUGAUACUGGUGGUGGUGGUGGUGGUGGCAACAAUUGGGCACGUGUCUGUGACACAUGCCGCUCUGCAGCUUGCACAGUGUAUUGUCGAGCAGACUCAGCCUACCUCUGUACUGGAUGUGAUGCCCGUGUGCAUGCUGCAAACCGGGUAGCCUCGCGCCAUGAACGUGUGUGGGUGUGUGAGGCAUGUGAGCGUGCACCUGCUGCCUUCUUGUGCAAGGCAGACGCUGCAUCCUUAUGCGCUACAUGUGAUGCAGAAAUCCACUCAGCCAAUCCACUUGCACGUCGCCACCAGCGUGUCACAGUUCUUCCGAUUUCAGGGUGCUUAUAUGGCCCCUCGGCCACUGAUCAAGGUGGACGAAAAGUGGCAUCAGCAGCUGAAACUGAAGAUGGUUUUAUGGCCACGGUGGGAGAUGAGACAAUUGCUGAAGAGGAGGAUGAGGCAGCUUCAUGGUUGCUGCUAAAUACUGGGAAAAAUAGCAGCAACCAGAAUAAUGGGUUCUUGUUCAGUGGGGAGGUUGAUGAGUAUCUAGACCUUGUUGAAUACAAUUCAAGUGUUGAGAAUCAAUUCAAUGAUCAGUAUAACCAGCAACAACAACCUUAUGGUAUUCUACACAAGAGUUGUGGGGGUGAUAGUGUUGUGCCAGUUCAGUCUGGAGAAGGCAAAGAUCACUUGCAGCAGCAGCAGCAGCAGCAACAUCAGAGAUUUCAGUAUGGCCUAGAUUAUGAUUCCUCAAAAGCUGCAUACAGCUACAAUGGUUCCAUUUGUCACAGCGUAUCCCUUUCCUCUGUGGAUUUUGGCAUUGUGCCAGAAUCAACUAUGAGUGAUAUCUCAAUCUCGCACACGAGGCCUCCUAAAGGUACAAUUGACCUCUUCUCUGGACCUCCUAUUCAGAUGCCACACCAACUUACACCAAUGGACAGGGAGGCCAGGGUCCUGAGAUACAGAGAGAAGAAGAAGACCAGAAAGUUUGAAAAGACAAUAAGGUAUGCUUCAAGGAAGGCAUAUGCAGAAACGAGACCUCGAAUCAAGGGUCGGUUUGCAAAGAGAACAGAUGUGGAAGUCGAAGUGGACCAGAUGUUCUCCACAACGCUAAUCACAGAAACUGGAUAUGGCAUUGUCCCUUCAUUCUAAAUGCAGGAUGAAAAGGAAAAAAGAAACAGAAACCUCUUUAGAUGAGAAUUGUAAGAGUUAAUAGUAAAGCUCUAAUGCUGACACUGUAUAUUUCUCAAUCUAAUUGGUCUGAAUCAAUUAGAUAGUACAUGUCUAGUAAUUUUGCUGAUUGUCUAGAUCAUGCUACUGCUAUCUUGUAAAUGCAAGUAUACCUAUAAUUUUGGAAUUUAGUUCUUUGCAAUUACAGAUAUUUAUUUCUCAGUGUUCCAUCUUUUGUUAUAGUUUCUAAUAUUAGGUUGAUAGGGAAAGAAAUUAAACAUCAAAAACUUGCCAAGCUAAAUGGAUGGCCUCCUACUGACCUUUAAGAAAAGAGAAUUCACAAUUAUACCUUUUCAGGAGAAGAAAAGAUCAAAAGUUCGGCAAGGUGGUGAAUGACGAGAUGAUCUAAUAACAAAAUUCUGCCAGCUUCUUAUUGCCAGAUUAUUCGUACCUUAGAAGGGCCAUUUGGCUAGCCCCAAUCUUUUUCUCUGCGUGAAGAUACCUUGUGCACCACCUUGGACAAGCAGAAAAGUGUCGCCGUUCAAAAAAGGACAAAGCAGCUUGGUUUUGGUACUUCUUUUUCUCUUUUUCUUGAUAAUCAUGUAACUCAAAAAUUAUACCACCAAUACAAUAACAACAGCAACAAAUUAAACCUUAUAUCUUAUAACUCUUGGGUCGACUGUAUGAAAGGCCAAAAAAAUACUCAUGUUAGGUCGUAGUUUUAAACUUUUUUGUGCCACUCAUUUUUAUAAAAACAAUAUUUUCAUCUACUUCUUAAACUCUCGUAUCAUUUUUUAUUACUUCCAUCCAAGUUUUUCGUGAUCUAUCUCUAGAAGCUUUGCUCUCUCCCAAAUCUAAAAGCUCAUUUAGUGUAUAGAUAGGCCUACGUUUCACAUAUCUAAACUAUCUCAAAUUACCCUCUCUCAUCUUUUCCUCAAUUUGGAUUUUAAGCUAAAAAAAAAAAAAAAAGCA